CGACAAAAGCAAAGCUCAUCGAACAUUAACUAAGUGUCUUGAACACUUGAGUUCAAGCUCGAAACCAGAACUGCAAACAAUUUCUGCCAACGUAAUGGAGACUUUAAAGUGCAAGAAAAAUAUUAAUGCCUUUUGGGCAUCCAAAAAACGCGAGAAGAAAAAAAAUAAUUUGGAAGAAAGAAUUCAGAUUGUUGAAAGGGAGAGCAAGUUGCAUGAUGUUAAACAACACGCGACCGCAAAAAAACUAAUAUUUGAACAAGAUAAUAAUGUUCGCAAAAACUUUAAUGCCGAAAUAUUAGAAAAAAGGAAUAAUAUUCGAGAUAUGGAAGAGGAUAAGUCAGUGCCUUCUAUUCCAAAAUCUCGUAAACGAAAAGUAGAAGACUUACCAGAAAAUAAGAAUAGUAAGAUGCGCCUCCUUGAACAUCAACCUGAAAGUGAGCUUGAAGAUAACGAAAAUAAACUAUGUGAUGAUGAAUAUGAUGAAGAUGAUGAAGAUGACGAAAAUGACGAUCAAGACUCGGACAGUGACGCUGAAUCAAUUAAUGGAGAUAAGGGUGAAGAAGAAAUUAAGACGCUUACGCAGGAUGAAGUGAUCGUCCGUAACAAAUUAAUCAAAAUUCUUACUGCGCGUCAAAAAAAAGAUAAAAAAGCCGGGAAAGAUUUCAUGACAUCAAUAUACCUCAAUGGUAUUAUAGAUUUAUCAGAUAAUGAAAUGCAGAAGCGGAUUAAAAAGUCCCUGAAUGAAGAACAAAAUAGUUGGCUUGAAAGAGUUCUUGAGAAAAAAGCUUGGAAACCAACACCCGCAUGCAUACAAUAUCUUAAUCAAUUUACUGAAGAAGUGUGUAACCGAAACGAAAUCCCAACUAUUGUUCGCAAAUCUUGUGUUACUGGAAGAUUUGACCCUUUUUAUCACGAAGCACAUGAAAUUGCACAGCAAAUAUUAACGCAUUGUUCUGUCCGACUUGAAGCCCCGAUGAGAGUCGAAUACAAAGGCCUCAAUCUUGAAAGAACUUAUGCGGUUGACACCAUUAUAUACUUUUUCAAUCGGCUAUUCAGAAUGCACCAAGAUGAAUUAGAUGUUGCUUGGAUUGAAUCUCAAACUUCGGAUACCAAAAAACAUAAAUUUGAUGGGUUGUACAAAGUGAUCAAGGCAGUCGAUAAAAGCCAGGCCAUAAUCAUUAUAGAAUUUUCACGCGGACGAAAGACACCCACGUCUAAAAAAUAUGAUGAUCAAGUAAAAAUGUGUCGAAAUUCAAUGAGGACUCUUAACAAACUAUUACAGACCGUUCCGAAGAAUCUUGCACGAGUGUAUCUAGUACAAUCUUUCAAUGGAUUUAUUGAAAUAAAGUACCUAGUUCGACCACUGCCAACAAUAUACGUACUCCAACAAUUUUUGCGCAUCAAAAUACCUGUUACGUUUGCUGAUUUUGAACAGUUUUCAAAAGACAUCAUAUGUUUGAUGGAUUGGCAGACGGAUGUUUUGUCAACAGCUAGGGCAGUAAAUAAAGCAUCCACAAAUGCCAUGGAAAAUAAUAACGUUUAUAUAACUUCGGUGGACAAUACUCCGCAAAAGAAAAAAGCCGAAAAGGCUGAGCCUGAGGCAAAGAAUGCUAAACUGAUAAAACAGGUUAUGGAAGAGAAUGCCAAACGAGAAGCUAAAAAUGUCGAGCUCAAAGCCAGAAUCGUCGGAUUGGAACAGAUCGCAGAGCUUAAAGAUAGAAUCACAAAAUUGGAACAGAAACCAGGCAACUUCCAAUAA